AUGGAAACUGAGGCAGACCACGCUCAAGUCACCAAGACUCAGCAUGCAGAUCUGGCAAGAAAGUACAAGCUGCAUGGACCGAAAAUCGAACAGAUUUGGCGAAGCUUUGAUCAGAGUCAGCGAGUGAAUGUCUUCAAGGUUGGUGUUGUCGAAGACGGAUACUUGAAGCACUCAAAAGAUCAAUCAAUAGGCGCCCCGUGGAAAAUAGUCCCCGAAAUGAAUCUGCAUGACAUAACUACAGAACCUGAAUAUCUACUUGAUUAUCUGAGAUACCGAGCUACAACGUCUCUCCUGCAUCAAUAUAGAGUGGGUAUUCAUGAUGGCCCAGGAGAUUGUAUGUUCAUCUUGGAGAGUAUGCACGAUAAUAACCUUCGCCAUAUUCAAGAUUUCAAAUACUGUUUAACUAGGUUUUACGACGAAGAUACCUAUGGUCAGUCAUACAAAGCAACCACUGCUGCUAACUAUCGCGAAAUUACACAUACACUCGCCUUUGCGUUUGAAAAGAGAGCUGUUGUUUCUCAAGAGGUUGGCGAAUUCGUUCUCACCAGACAACUGCACACCUUGAUACACCUGAAUGUGUUAGUUGCGGACAUUCUGGAUGCCGGAUCUACUACCAAAUCUACGAAGCCCCGGCCAAAAAAGUCAAAUAAGGCCGUUAUUUCUGCUCUUUCAAGCCUUUCCAUCGUUGACUGUCAAGAGAAGCUUUCGCUAGACGACAUAAUCAACAACUCACUCGACCAAAAAACCGCCGUGAGCGAUUAUCUGGUUUUGUGUUGCUCUGAAUCAGUUGUUCUUGAACAUAUGGCCAACGGCUGGUACUUCAGUCGACCGGAACUUAUACCUGAUGAGAGGGGACGAAUUCUCCCCUGGCUGGCCGAUAAGUACAUCAAUACUUCUAUCUUCGAGUUGAUACACAACAUGGCGACUGGGGCCGCAACCUGGGAUUACAUGCAUCGCCUUCUUCAACUUCUAGCAGAGAAGCCUGACGAUAAAAUUGCCAGUACAAUUUUGCUUCAGGAAGCAUCAAACGUAGCUCAUCUCGAGUUUUGUAGGGUACAGAAAGUCUUUAAACGCUACGUAGCCUUGGGAACAGGUACAAAGUAUUUCAAACGCGUCUCGGGAAAGUAUGAUAAUGGAUCUGCACGAGUAUUACUCAAGGAAGAUCCAGAGCUUCUAACUAGGGAGAACCCACAACUUUCUUACGUGCUCCGUCUCUGCUCCCCUGGAAUUGACGUCACAAACGCACUUCCUUGGAUCAAGAAAUUAGAAGAUCUUUAUCGUCUUCAUCCCAUCGAGCUAUCUGAAGUGCAUGAUGGUGUUUUGGACGCUUUUGAUGACCUGGCGGUCAUCGUCAGAUUUGUUGAAAUUCUUUCUGCAACCGUUACUCUGCCAGCAAAAAAUUCUAGAAGAGGACAGAUAUACGCAUCAAGACUCAAGAACUUGUUAGGCGAGCUUGAACCAUUAAAGCAUGAGGUUGAUCUUUCGAAAUUUGCAGUACCCAUGGAAAACCUUCUCGAGCCAGGAAUGACCGAAGGUGCUAUUGAUGCUCUUGAUCAAUUUACAGCGGAACGUAUGGGCACGAGGACCGGAAUUCUGUACCAGGAUCUUGUUGACGAUUGCGUUUAUCAGGUUCAAACUCACUAUGAGCAGCAGAAAGACAGAGUGGCACAGAUUAGGAAGAAGCCUCCCAAAACUUUUGAAGACCCCGCCUACGAGACUAUGGGUCCAGAUAUCCUCAUUCAGCAACGAAGACAAAAAGACAAGACUCGACCUAUAAAUGUCUCUCCUUAUGAUCUUACCCAAGAUAAAACUGAACUUGCACAAGGAGGAACUGAGGAGUUGCCUCAGGUAUUCAAAGUCAACAAAAACACGGCGCAUGUCUUCUCCACCAUGUUCGCCAAGUCUGAAGCUCGUGGUUCAAUUAGCUGGAUUUCUUUCGAAAUUGCAAUGGUCGAUUUGGGGUUCUCUGUCAUUCCAAAAUUCGGAUCGGUAUACACUUUCUCUCCAGCAGCAAAGGAUGUAGGUCGUAUGAAGUCCAUCACCUUUCACCGACCCCACAAGUCGGAGAUUGAAGGGUGGAAGUUGGUCAUGUUUGCUAGUCGAUUGAAGAGGGUUUAUGGAUGGAGCGAACAAUCUUUCAAGGUCAUCUGA